UUCUGGCAUCUGUGUCCCAUUGGGGAGGUAGUGAUAUUCAUAGACACUGGAGAGCCAAUGAACAGCCAGGGACACUGGGGAAUCACACCUGGAUGCAGGGACGGACUGACAACUCAUGGGGCCCCCGGGCAAUAGCGGAUCAUGGGGCCCCUGUGUACUUGCCCAGACUCAAAAAAACCUAUGGAAAAUACCAGGGGCAUCUCAUGAGGCCCCCUACUGACCCCGGGCCCUCGGGCAGUGCCCGAGUUUCCAAAUCUUCAGUUCGCCCCUGCCUGGAUGGUACUGUA